GCUAUAUAAAGUCCGUGAUUCUGUGUGGGUUCAAACACAUUUCAAAGCUUCGGGAUCUCGACAGGUUUCGCUCAGCUUCCUGAAGCCCGAGCUCCGCUCCCGCAGCGCCAUGGCCGGCUUGGGGUUCCAGAGGCGCGGGGCUCCCGGCGACCUGCCUCGCAGGACCUGGCCCUGCACCGCGCUCUUUUCUCUGCUUUUCAUCCCUGUCUUCUCCAAAGGGAUGCACGUGACCCAGCCUGCAGUGGUGCUGGCCAGCAGCCGGGGUGUAGCCAGCUUUGUGUGUGAUUAUGGAUCUUCCGGCAAAGCUGAGGAGGUCCGGGUGACAGUGCUGCGGAAGGUGGGCAGCCAGAUGACUGAAGUCUGCGCCACAACGUACAUGGUGGAGAAGGAGUUGACCUUCCUAGAUGAUUCCACCUGCAUUGGCUCUUCCAGUGGAAACAAAGUGAACCUCACCAUCCAAGGGCUGACGGCCAUGGACACGGGCCUCUACAUCUGCAAGGUGGAGCUCAUGUACCCACCUCCCUACUAUGUGGGCAUGGGCAAUGGAACCCAGAUUUAUGUCAUUGAUCCAGAACCAUGCCCGGAUUCCGAUUUCCUCCUCUGGAUCCUUGCAGCAGUUAGUUCGGGGUUAUUUUUUUACAGUUUCCUCAUCACAGCUGUUUCUUUGAGCAAAAUGCUAAAGAAAAGAAGUCCUCUUACUACAGGGGUCUAUGUGAAAAUGCCCCCCACCGAGCCAGAAUGUGAAAAGCAAUUUCAGCCGUAUUUUAUUCCCAUCAAUUGAGAGACCAUUACGAAGAAGGAAGACCAUUUUCUGAUUUCUAGGAGCUGAGGCAAUUC